AUUAAUUGUUUACAAUAUUUUUCUACUCUAUAAGAUGUUGAAUCAAAUUAUUUGCUUAGUGUAACUUUAGUUCAACUUUAGUGCUGUGCCAUCAAUUCAGUUAUGUAUACUUUAAUUUCAAGUUUAAUUAUAGGGAUAUUAUGUGCCACUACAAUGUGGCGUAAAGAAAGUAAUGAACAAGAUCCAAUUGUUCAGCUUCCAAAUGGCAAGAUUCGCGGUCUUAACCAUGGCAAUUAUUUGUCCUUUGAAUCGAUUCCGUAUGCAGAACCACCAAUUGGAGAAAAUCGAUUCGAAGCUCCUAAAGCAUAUUCGGUUAAAUGGUCAGAUAUUAGAGAUGCAACAAAGCCACCAGUUAUUUGUAUGCAAUGGUAUCAGUUCCUUUUUAAAGAAGAUCUUUUAACUGGUGUCGAGGAUUGUCUUACCAUUAACGUGUACACUCCCAGUCUUUCGAGUGAAAACCCUUAUCCGGUUUUGGUAAAUAUUCAUGGAGGAUCUUUUAUGUUUGGUAAUGCUGCUGAAGAUAAAGUAGAUUUGCUUAUGAAAAAUGGAAAAUUAGUUAUCGUGAAAAUGAACUAUCGAUUGGGAGUUCUGGGUUUCCUUAGCACUGGAGAUGAUGAAAUUACUGGAAAUUUCGGUCUGAAAGAUCAACUACUUGCAUUGGAAUGGAUAAAAGCUAAUAUUGCAACUUUUAAUGGGAAUCCUGAUAAAAUCACAGUUAUGGGAGAAUCUGCGGGAGCAGCUUCAGUACAUUUGCAUAUGAUGAAUAAGAGAUUCGAAAAAUUAGCAACAUCGGCAAUGUCUAUUAGUGGAACAGUCUUUUCACCUUGGGCCAUUGAAACACAUCCUGCUAAAAAAGCUUUCGCUGUUGCAAAAUAUUUAAAUUGCCCCACUGAAAGCUCUAGCUCUAUUAAGAAAUGUCUCAAAAAUAAGGACGCAGCAGACAUAGUUCGCACAACAAAAGAGUUCCAAAAGAACAAUAUAGGAUUUAAUCCUGCAGUUGUUUUUGCACCUGUAAUUGAGUCAAAAACUGCUGAAAAUACUUUCCUUACUGAAAAACCAGAAAUUAUUAUUAAAAAUGGAAAAUCUGCUCAGAUUCCUUGGUUAGCAUCAUUUGCCAAAAAUGACGGAGGAUAUCCUUGUGCAGAAUAUAUGCGAAAGGAUUCAAAUGGUGUGGAAUUUAUUGAGGUGCUAAACGAACGUUGGAAUGAACUUGCACCUAUUAAUAUUUUCUUACCGAGUCUUGUGGAGGAGAAAGAAUUAACUGCAUUCUCAAACAAACUUCGUCUUAAAUAUAUGGGAAAUGCGAGAUUUACUGCUAAAAAUUAUUUCUUACUGCAAAAGCUAUGUACCGAUUUAAUAUUUGCUGAUGGAGUAAAAAAGUCAUGGGCUUUGCACAAGGAGUACACAAAAUCUCCAGUUUAUGGUUAUAUGUAUGAUAAUCCACCACCUUCUGGUCUUGGUAAUGUGCUCUCCAACCGGACUGAUAUAAAUUUCGGAACCGUACAUGAUGAUGAUUGCAGUCUAAUUUUUAACUCUGAGUCCGUUAGAGCAUCUCUUCCUCAAAACCAAAGGACUAUGUCAUCACAUUUUGUUAAAAUGAUUGAAGACUUUUGUGUUACCAGGAGUCUACAAUUCGGAACUUGUAAAUUUAAGGAAAAUUCUUCAAAGACUAAAGGUUUUCUAGCAAUGCAUAUAACAAAGGAUUCAUGUCAUUCGGUUAGUGUUGAUAAGUUAUGA